AACGUCUUGGUGUUCUGAGUUUCUUUGGCUUCGUUACGACACAGAAACAAAACAAAUGUUUUGCAAAGUCUGCGAAACGCAUUCAAAAUCAUCUGGAUCAGUUUUUGUUACGGGCUGCUCAAGUUUUCGCAAGGAAAACCUAACGUCGCAUGCUACAAGCAGUGCCCACAACAAGUCUCAAGAUAUGGAAGAUGCAAUACUAACAAAACCUGGACAAUCCUAAGCAGAGAUGACCUUACAAAGUAUUCAAAAGGAUGUUUUCACUAAACUGGAAAUACUGUUUCGUACGUCUCAUGCCCUGACUAAACAUGGGCGACCUUUCACAGACUUUCUUUGGCAGUGUAUACUUGACACAAAGAAAGGCCUGGAUGUUGGUAAUACUUACCGCACUGACAAGAAGUGCAAAGAAUUUCUGGGUUCCAUUGCAGAAAUAGAACGCCAGGAAUUGGAAAAUACCUUAAGAAGUGCACCAUAUAUUUCAGUAAUGUGUGAUGAGUCUACAGACAGUGCUGUACAAGAACAGGUCAUUGUUUAUGUAAGGUUUGCUGUUAAAGGGGUAAUACAUUGUAAGUUUGUAGGUGUUAAACAUGUAGAAAGGCCUAAUGCAGCCCUGAUUUAUGACUGCAUAUUGUGUGUUUUAAAUGAGUAUUGUGGGUUCACCAUUUCAGAUUUAAAGCUGCAUUUGGUAGGCUUUGCAAGUGAUGGUGGAGCAGUUAUGCGAGGAUUGCAUAAUGGAGUUAGUACCAAAUUGAAGCAAUCAAUUCAGCCCAAUUUGGUUGCUAUACAUUGUCUAGCACACUAUCUUGAACUCGCAUUGAAGGCUGCACUUUCUGAAACACCAUUGAAUCUUAAAGUAGAAAAUUUAUUGAAGAAAUUAUAUGCAUUCUUCCACCACAGUCCAGUGCACCGAGCGAUCUUGAAAAAAUAUCGUGAAACUCUGAGAAUCAAGUUCUGCGUACCUACCAGAGUUGGAGGCACUCGUUGGGUUUCUCACACCAAACGAGCCUUGACAAAUGUGCUCAAGAUUGUUCCUGCACUUAUCCUCACUGCAAAAAAUUUACGCCAGGAAUCAACGUGUAAUGCAUCAACUGCUGGUUCAUGCAAAUUUAUUGAAGAUGCACUGAACAAUUUGGAAUUUUUUCAGUAUAUUCACUUCUUUUGCGAUGUAACCUCCAUUUUGAGUUACUUUUCACAACUUUUGCAACAUCCUUAUUUGACUGUAGCAGAAACACCAUGUUGCAGAAGCUCUGUAACAAAGAUGGCUUUCAUCUCCGUGCAUGCAACAAAUUAAUUGAUGAUGAAGCUAAGCAGUUGAAAGGAGCUCCUUUGCAGACACCCAAGAAAACAGCUGUUAUAAAUGCAAUUGUUGAAAAUUUAGAAUAUUGCCUUGGAGAUAAGAAAACUGGACUCUGUGAAUUACUGACUGCUACAAAUUUGUGGUUUUUAAACGUGGCCUACAAGCAUUCAGCCAGAGUUUGGUGACACUUGCAUCGUUAGGUUGAUACACUUUUUUUCUCCCUCCCUUGUGAAUAAUGGAGUAAAGUGUGAAAUGAUUGAAUUGGAAUGGACAAGUCUAAAGACCACAGUUUACCAGCUGUAUAAUCCAGUAACCAAAGCAAAUUGGAGUGAUAUCAAUCUCAAAUACCACACUGAGUAUGAAAAUGUACUCUCUCUCAUUGAUCUUGUGCUAUCCCUGCCAGCUCACACUGCAGAUUCUGAGCGAGGGUUCUCGCUCAUGAAGUCUAUAAAGACAGACUGGCGAAACUGUCUAAAUGAUGAUACACUGUCUGCCCUCAUGCGUGUUCAAAUACAGUCACCUUCUGAAAGUGAGUUUGAUCCAGCACCAGCAAUAAAUCUCUGGUAUCAUAAUGUUCAGAGAAAACGUCGACCCUUUCAGCCUCCUUAUCGAAGAUGUUCAAGACAGAAUCAGCCAAGUAAUUCGUGCAGUGACUCAGACAGUGACUCGUCUGAAAAUGAUUAAAUAAGGAUGUUAAGUGUGUGAUAAAAAUAGGUGCAAAAUAUAGCAAAAAUCUUUUUUUCCCACUUUUUCAGCGACUUUGAAUUUUUUUUUUAUUUGGGUUAAACAGUGGACAGGCAAAUUGGAUGGCGGACAGGAAAAUUAUCGAUUACACCUGUCCGUUGGGCAGGUUAAAAUAUUCCUUAAAAUCUAGCCCUGCAUACCUUGCUAUAUCACAUGUUUGUUACAUAUUUCAGUCAUCUCCUGAUUAUCAUCCUUGAUGCAAUUUUAAGACUUAGAAUGUGCAGCAGUUGCCUUCUUUGCUUUACCUAAUAAAUCUGAGGUAAAUCUUUGUUCAUAACAAACACAAUUCCUUGAUUUCAACACAGAAAUAGACUGCAAAGUUUUAGAUGACAUGGAGGACCUAAAUUGGGUUCUGUUUAUUUUACCAUACUGAAAAUGCGUUCACAUUCUGAAUUACUGUGGGGGAUUGACAGAAUUGAUAGCAUUUGACAGUCUGUUAUACUUCAGGAAGCCAUCUACUCCACGAAAUCUUGAUAAUUCAGCCCACUUGACAUCAACAGUGCCUUCCAACCCCAUGUGUGCAGUACUGGUGAAAAAGCUAUCAAUCUUCUUAUUUUAUUCCUCAGAAAGCACGUUUUUCCUAUGCUUAGGACUCUUAACGUGUGUAGUUAUGUCGGACCUACCUCCAUGAGCAAUACUAAAAUCACACCGGCACACUGCGCAAAACACAAAAGUUUCUCCUUUUUGCGAUUUCAGAAUACACGAGAAUUCGUUGUUAUACGCAGCACGGUAAGUCUGAAUAUAUUUCUUGUUGGCUAGCUUACUCAUGGUUCCCAUCACGUAAAUACAAACGAAAAAAAAAAACGGUUGCGCAGCACUACAUUGGAACUACGAACAAUAGUCAGCCAUUUUGGAAAUAAUAUAAGGAACAAGGAACAGACCAAGGAGGUAGGGCUGACGUCACAAUUGUGGUCCGUUCCUCCGUUUAAGGAAGCACUUUUUUGUUGCGUUAAGUGGAAAACAAACGUAGACCAGUCCAAACCAUAUACAAAUAACCAUCUCUUGUUUUGUUUUCAUCCCGCCUUCCGUCGGUGCGUCGGUAACAUGGCCGGUACAGUAAAAGUUGGCAGGUAUACAUGGCCGGUACAGUGAAUGGUAAUAAACCACCACGGAAAAAUAAAUCCGUAAGAUAUUAAAGACGUCCGUAAAACCGUAAAAUAGUAUUAAAAUCCGUAAAACUUACGGACCAUCCGUAAAAGUUGGCAGGUAUGUAUUCGGAAGGAUUAGGGAAGAGCUUAGUGAAGUUCUCUCUCUCUCUUGUAUGGUCGUUCAGUAGUCAAGUAAUGAAGAGAUUGUUGUCGUAAAUUUUAAUCCCGCUUUGAAAAUGUUCUUUAAGUUAAAAAAUAAAAUCAUUUUAAUUUAGCAUUAAGUUAUUUUUCAAAAUCUCCUUUAGUUGAUCGCUGCCCAGACAACCUGUAAGGAUGACGAACCUAUUCACUUCGAUCCUAGGUACAUUAAAGUAUAGGGGUGUGCGAAGCUUCGAGUAUUCAAAGUCGAAUUGAAGCUAUUUUUUUCCUUCGACUUUGACUUCGACAAAAAUAAACUUCGAGUGGAAAAGUCGAAGAUUAUUGCCAGAAACGUUUGGCCCACUAUUUGGAUCAAUACAUCUAUACUGCCAAAAUAUAUUUGUGGCAGGUAAUUUCCCGUUUAUGUAUACAGCAAAUUCUCCCUAGUACGUCCCUCUUGUUAACAUACAAUCCAGUAUAACGAAUAAAGCCGCCGGUCCCUUGAAACGCCAUGCAAAUUAAUAGGCAUGCUAAAUAUAUAACGUACGUUUUUCAAAGCCCUGGACGGUAAUUUCUCGCUAACACGUAUUGUUUUGCCGAUAUUAAUACACAAAAUAUUAAACAUUUUCUCAUUUCAUUCACAAUUAUAUAGCUUUGUUUAACGACAGGUCUUGUGGAAAUUGUUUACAGACUUUUUCUUUAUUUCGUUGAGUAAAAUGGCAGUUGCAGUGCUGGUAACCAUGCGGAUAGAAAUUUCAUUCGUAUAAAAAAAAAUGUCAGUGUUUUGUGUGAUUGGUGUAGCAACAUAAGAUUUAUGCGGAAUAAUCAAGAGUUAUAAAUAAAAAACGCUUAACAUUUUCAAUUAAGAAAAAAAGAUUCAAUUAUAAUAUUUAUCCUACAAAAUGUGUAUUUUUGCAUUUGAAUUUGUAGCAAUGGAUAUUGGCCGAUGGCGGCCAUAUCUGGCUAGGUACAUAAAACAUGGAUUAUACGAUGGCCAACGACUACUAAUGCUUUUUUGUUACCGUUUGUUUUCUGUUAGGAUCACCUAACCUAUAAUUUGUUUGUAAACAUCAUUUCAGAUUGAGCAUCUUUCGCAAUCGUACACAAAUGUAAUACGUAUCCAACAUUUAUUUAACAGAUCUAGUGGCACACAGUUUCCGACGCUAGUGAACAUUUUGUGACGUGCCGUGAAGCUUGUUUAAUGGCGACGUGACGACGUGGAUAACCUGUUUAUAUUUUAAUAUUAAGUGUAUUACGGCAGCAUAUGUAGGUAGGCCUACCCGUAGAAGUUAUGAGUACCCAAAAGCGUGUGGGUAUUAGGGUUCUGCGAAUAUUCAAAAUUUCCGAAUCCGAGUUCGAAUUUUUUGAUAUUCGAUUCGUAAUUUCGAAUCGAAUUCAUUUUACAAUAAUUCGACUUGGAAAAUCUGGCCCGGGUACACUAAUAUAAGACAUCCCCCUCCCCCAUUUUUAAAAGAAAUGUAAAUGGGCGAUUACAUCUUCCACUUACAAAAAAUUAUACAUCGAAACCCCUUAUUUACGUCACCGUUAUUUACGUUUUCACGUUAUUUAACCAUUUUAUUUCUGUCCCGUUUUAACUUAAUUUGAUGUAAUGCAAUGAAUUCCCGUUGUUUACAACGCGCCUAUUGCUUUACGCAGUUUACGCCGUUCGUUCUGAUAACUUUAUUAAUCUUAUUACAAAGUAAUCUGAUGUGUAAAUCGUGUUUUAAAGACUUUUUAAAAGUUAAAAACUUCAUCUUUAACGUCUCGGGAGUCGCUUUAUACCGCAUAAAGAAACGUAAGCAGCGCCAGUUUGGUUGUGUUGAUUCCUGUAUUACCUUAUGGAGAGCGCGCAGACUGCAUGCACGCGCGCGCUCUGUCAGGAACCGAGUUAACCCGCACGAUCGUUAUGCGUAUAGUUACAAAUCACGUUCUUGUUAUGGGUUUCUUUUUUUUUUUUUUACGUUGAAUAAAAUGGUUUUAUUGCAUCACUCAUUAAUUUAAAUUAUUUAGCUUGCUUUCACAAAGUCUACUUUUUAAAUAAACGUACUUUCCACGAAUAGGUUUUGUUUUUAUGAAUUACUUUACAUUUUUUUUUGCAUAAUAGUAUUCUCCGUUCACAUUUACCUGAGUUUUGGAAUAAACAAAGCCGCUUGUAAACAAACAUUUUCAUUGGCUGCCGGCCGCUGCGCACAUUAUUUGUGCGCAAAAAAUAGUUCCUUGGUUACGUACCAUUUGUAAGUAUUUUUACACUGCCUUUUUUAUAACAAUUGUUGUUAUAUAGCAUUAUAGCGUUUCACCAUUAAUAUCCAAUACAGUUUAAUGUGUCAGCAAGUAUUUACUUACAAUUAUGUUAGCAGACGCCGCGUGUACAGUUGAUGCCCGGCGCAACAACUGUAUUUAGGAUUCGCGCGCGCACGGUUUGUUAUGGCUGACGCCGGACUGAGUUUUGUAAAGCACAGAACGGAAAAGCCUUUGAAAAGUGCACAGAAAACUAUUGUGUUGAAUGUUUUUAAAACAUUUUCAGACAAAUAUCCGGAUUGUUGUGUGAACGAUAUCGCGAGUUUAACUGCGGACUUUACGAGUGUUUCGAAGAGCAGUGUGCUUCGUGCAAGGAAAGAAUUACAUGACACUGGGACAUUAACAACUCCCGGGAAGAAAAGGAAACUUGAGUAUCCUGUUAUCAAAACUUGUGAUGAUUUUGUAAAGACGGCUAUUAGGCGUAAAGUGCAUAGUUUUUUCUUCGCAAAUGAACCACCUACGCUGAACAAAGUGCUACGGUGCUUCCUGUUAUAUUACUUCUCCGUUAUUUUAUUAGCACCGACUGUACUGAAGUUAGUGUGUUGCAACUAGUGCUUGGCGCGCAAGAUUAAUUCAGCCUAUCACUUGCUGACGCGGCGCAGUGAUACGACGGUGUUUGUAUAUUUCAAAACUCAGCUAAGAGUGAACCCACGGUCUCACCCCUAAAUUAUAAACUUGAUUUUAGAAUAAAAUGUGCAAUGCUUACACGAUAAAAACGGUAUAUUUAAUAUAUUUUAUUUUUGUACCACUUCCUUAUGCUGUGAAAUUUUUAUUAAUAUUUUUAUCCUUGAAAGUCAAACAUGCUAAAUAAGGUGGCAAGUGAGAGAGUUUUCUCUACAGCAGGCAACAUAGUUACCAGCCGCAGAGAAUUGUUGUUGCCGCACCAUGUCGGUGAACUCACAUUUCUCCAUGACAAUUUGAAAUAAUUUGCGAAGUGAUUUAUGUUAGUGCUAUAGACAUAUAAUUUUUAAUUUUUUUUUUUUUUAAUUUUAAAGAAUCUGGUUGUGCACUUCAAUAUAGUCUCACUUUAAUUUUAGUUACUUGAUUUAAACUGUGAAUUAUGUGACAAGGUGGUAUGUUAAAAAUUUUUAAUGAUCUAUGUUAUUUUUAUAAAUAUUCCCAAAUUUGAUUCGAAAAAAAUUUGAAACUCGUGAAUUUUUUUGAAAUUCGAUUCGAAUUCGAUUCGAACAGAAAAAUCACAAUUCGCAGAUGUCUAGUGGGUAUCAGCAUUGCAAAAAAACUAGAGAUUCUUACAGCUGUUGACAACUGCAAGAAAAAGUGUGAUGUUGCAAAACGCUUUAAUGUUGCACCUACAACUCUGUCCACAAAAAUGAAAGACAGAGCAAAUAUUGAAGAAAAUGCUGCAAAACUGCACCAGAAGAGGAAAAGAUAUAGCAAAUGUAUCAAUAGUGACCUUGACAAAAAUCUUUUUGAUUGUAUUGUGCAAGCACGCUCUAAUAACAUACCCAUCUCGGGCACACCACUGCAAGAAAAAGCACGAAUGGAGGCACUAAGGCUUGGAAUUGACAAUUUUCAAGCCUCAAAUGGCUGGCUCGCACGCUUCAAAGCCAGGUGGAAUUUAACUUUACUAAUGAAAACCAGAUGAAUGAAUUUUACAAAUUUUAAAUAAAUGAAAAGUACUCAUUUUUCCUGUGGAUUAAUACAUUUAACAGUACUUAUGUUGUAUACAUACAUUUUUUGAAGAUGUUUGGUACAAUGGAAUUUUCUUUAGUCUAUAUAAUCAUAAUGAAACAUAAGUAACAAUUUUUUUAUAUUAAAAAUUAUGUUAUUUCAAAUCCUUUGACUUUGAUUUUCCUUCGACAUUCCUUCGCACAAUAUAAGCUUCGCUUCGACUUCGCUUCACAUUUAUAAAGAGACCUUCGCACAUGCCUAUUAAAGUAUGUUAUUAAGUUAAGAGGAAUUGUGAUUAAUGCCUUUCGCCAAUUAUAAGUUAAAGCAAGCAAGUGUGUUAAGAGUUACGAUUUCCUCCCCCCCCCCUUAAGGAAGUUAAAGGAACGUUGAUAUAGUUUCUGAUGGAUUUAAUUUUACAUGUGAUAUAGGCACCUGUAAUGGCAGAUCUGAUACAACAUGGAAGAGAUGGUUAGUCUGCCAAACAGUGGAAAAUGGUUGCUGGUAUCAUAACAGUACUACAGCCUAUAAACCAUGCUACCAAUUAAAUGUGUGUCGACGAACAACCUACAAUGUCUCUGAGAAUUCCAGUCCUGCAUGGAAUAUUGAAUGUAAUCAACAAGCAUAUUGCAGCAGGAGAAAGUGGGGAAGGCCUUAUGUUUGCAAAACAGCUGAAAAAUAGUAUCAUGUCAAGAUUUCCAGACUACAAACGCUGUAAGUUGUCUAGAAAUGCUAUGCUGUUAGACCCUAGGUUUAAGUCUGUGUUGCUCGAGAGCCAUGAAGUUACUCUUGGACUGCAUGAGAUUUCAAAAGAAAUUCAAGAAUUGAAUAAUACUAGUUCUGCUCAUACAACGCAGUCCGUCAGUGAACAGCAGCCCAGUUCUUCAUCUACCAUUGACAAAGACAACCACAAUCUUUGGUCUGCAUUUGACACGAUGAAGCACAUACAUUAAUCUGCUUCAGCAGGGACACUUUAUGAUGAAGCACAACAUCAGCUUAAAAACUUUAUUUCUGAACCAGUAAUUGACAGAACUGACAAUGUCUGUCAAUGGUGGCACAGCAACCAGUGUAAUGUUGCAAAACCCCUACCCUCCUAUAGUCGCAGCACGGUAAGUUCAUACUUUUAGGAAGCCCUGCUUCAAGCUGGGAUCUAUUUUCAAGGUGACUAUGUAUCCUUCGGCCAAACAUCAACAAUAACAUUGCCAUGUGGAAAACCAUGUGACUACCACAUGGCAAUGUUUUGGUUGGGUAACUGUCAAAUAGGGAUGUAAUUAAUGGAUAAUAAAAUUACACUGCAAUUUUUAUAAUUGGUUAAAUGUCAGUAGAAAAUGUCAUAACACCAUGUUUAAUAAUUCAAAUAUUAAAUAUAAAAAAUUCUAAGCAAAUUUUUAUAGUUUAGAGUUUAAACCCAGCGUGGUGCUGUGUCUUCACAUAAUAUCUAUAAAAAUUGAUGUUAAGUUUUACUAAAGAAAUUUUGCUGCUUCGAGAUUACUAUAUCACAAAGUGCUAUGGUUGAAAGCAUGAAAAUUAUGUCAGUAUCAUUUAUGAAGAAUUUAACUUUAAGAAAUUAUUCAGUAUGAGGUAGCUAUGUAAACUGUUAGUUUCCUAAAGCCGUGAGUGCCAGGCACAUCACUGCCAUUACAUCGAGAGGUCAUUUGUGAAUAGAAAAUAACCAGUUAGUAACACUUUUCUGGCACUACGAACCAAGUCAAGUAUCGGUUAAAGGUUAUGGCUAACCAACAUGUGUUUUGUAAUUAGAGGCAUUAUUUUCUAUCAAGCAGAAUAAAUUUUAAAUUCAAAUUCUAAGUUAUACAUUAAACAUUUCUGUAAGUGUGUAUUUUUAUGUGUCUAUGUGGUUUGUCUCAUAUAAAAACUAUAUCACUUAAGUAUGUACAAUGCAGAAAAGAAAUUGUUGCCAUAAAAAAUUAACUUAAGAAUCUGUAAUAAAAUAAAUAUAUUAAAUAAAUCGAAACUCAGCAAUAAAUUAUCACUACCAUCAAUAUUAUGUUACAUCCUGUAAUGAAACUAAUGUUUAAGAAUCACAUAUAAACACAGCAGAGAAAUUACAUAUCACUAAACACGUUAUCCAGAACACCUGUAAUUAAAAAGCAUACAUUAGCACAUUUACCCUGAGCAUAUAUUCAAAUGCUGUAUCUUUUUAUGGUUACAGGUGUUAACAAAAAGUCAUGACAACAACCUACGUAGAGUUGAAUCUCUACGCAAGUUUUUUAAAAUGCAUUAUAAUUAUUGACAAUUAUGUUUCCUAACCUAACCAAAAUUUACCAAACCUAAUUUCAUGUAAAUAAACCUCAUUUGGGUUGGGUUAGGUUACAUUAUGUUGGUUGAGGAUAGGUUAUGUUAGGUUAGUAUCUGUGUACAUGCCCUUACAUUUAAUAUGUUUUGCUUGUGGGACAUUACCUAAUAUAUAACCGAAAAUAUAAGAACGUGUCUGUUUGUAAUUUGCCCGACAUUCAAAACAAGAAAGCUGCGAGGAAGGUACUUUUACACUAUUUUACAAACACGCCCCAACCUAACGGAACGUUUUCACGCACAUACUUUCAUAACGUGUUAAUUAGUCACUCACUUUUUCACGGUCGUGACGCCCAGAUCUAGAAGAAAUGCUGUCAUUUCUGCGACAUCACCCUGUUCCAGUUGACCUGUAUUUAUUAACAUCGUAACUCUUCGUGCCACGUUGAUAAUAUCGUGCUGCCUCCUUCUUUACAUACAUUCAUUUCAAUAACCUAACAAACCGUAAUAACUAACACAAAGUUACACUGUAAAAGCAAUAGUUCACUACAAGUUACAACUAAGACAACCCUUUAAAAUUAGAAAAUUAAUUAGUACACAAAUACACUGGAUGUUUUCAGAAAAUCAGAAGUCGUUUUGAGCAAACAAAAACAAGCGUUCAACAUGGCUCGGGCCGACACACAGUUACGUAGGUGAUUCAUCCGCAACAGCUUGCAACGUCAUCUGUAAACAAAAUAACUUAACUUUCGUAUAUAUUAAACAAUAUUACUCCAGGAUCUGGAAGUAAACAUAUGUGAAACAUUUUAAGCAAUAUUUAUCGUUGUUUCAGCUGUUCAAAAUUACAUAGUAAGGAACUAUUUCUUCAAGUGUGUAGCCAACAUACCGAUAAAUAUCGUUGCCACGCGUGUUUAAAAACUUACAUAUAAAAUUAACAAAUACAAAUUAUUUCAGUAUUCAUACACACGUACGGAAACGUAAUAGCUUGAUAAAUUAUGUCGUCCUAUUUUGUUUAUUUAUUUGUCAAACAAAUUGCACAAUAGUAAACCAAAUAUUCUUAGUUCCAUUUUUCAACAGUUCUUCCCAAAAGUACGAACUUACCGUGCGGCGACUAUAGUUAAAUAUUUUUCUUUGAAACUAUUUUUAUGCAUGUAAAUAUUUCUUAAAAAGUCUUUCUAAUGAUAUUUUACCGUUUUUAUGUAUUUAAGGGGUGAUAUUUCACUUGCUAUGUAUUUUAAGAAUGUACCUUGUAUUAAACAGACAUUUUCAAACAUUACUAUUUUUUAUGUAAUUAUUCACAAAUAAGUCGCUGUACUAGAUUUUUGCCUGUUUUGGCCUACUUUUUCAGUUUUUUUCUAAAUAAGUUUAAUUUUGUAAAGUAAUUUGUAUUAUGAUUGCUGUUCUUAAUUUUCAUUAACGUGUUGCAUAAUAGUUAUAGCACACGGGACUGUGUCUGGUGUGAUGGUUAGAAAGAGAGGCAUGAGAAGUAAUUCCCCUCAGAGAUAGAUAAAGUUGGGAAUUCCCCCACUGCCUGGGAACUAAGUGAUAACUGUUGUCUCACGGUGUGGGAGAGAGAAGGAGAAUGUAAAGUACCUGUUUCUAUGUACGAAUAUCGUUUUCACUGUAUCUUUGCUGUGUUCUUAUUGGCUUGUAUUUGUAAGUUUGAAUGAAGCGUGCAUGUAAUUGGUCAGUGAGGUCAUGUGACUUCUCCUCCCUGCGUGGAGGAAACGGUGACAUGACUUCGCCAGUCGUCCGUCGAUCGCUGCACCAGUAGGUCGCGUUCAGUGGCUUCUCGCCAAACAUGAAGUAAGUUGCGGGAUAGAUAAUUUAACGUUGGUGGUCAGAGCCAUGCCGAGUAUUAAGUUAACCUAAUUUUUUUUUAUUUCAUUCGGACAGUAAUUAGAAAUUGUGAUUACCUUCGUCUGCGUUUGACUCAUGGCGAAUUUCGGUUUUGCUGGGUGCGGCCCUGUUCGAGGUCGCACUAUUUUCGUGUACUUACAGUAAGAUUUUACUGAAGGACUUAAAAUACGUUUGUUUUUUUGUUUAUUUCGUUAAUCUUCAUCGCCCGAGCUGCGAGCAAUUCUCGACAGGCGAAUGUACGAAUGGAAUGAGUGAGCAACGUAUUUUGAAAGUGAUUGGAUUCAUCUGUGCAUUCUAUUUGAAAAUAAAACAAAACAAAACUAAAAUUGGCGCAACAUCUUUUUAUUUCAUAUAACGAACCAUUAUACCAGCAAAGAUUUCAUUUAUUGAAAGGUGUAGCAAAGCAUUAUCUGGCUAUACCUGCCACACAAGUGGCCAGUGAAAGACUGUUUUCAUGUACUGGAAACACUGUAUCCACACACAGAGAAAACCUUGCUCCAGAACACAUUGAACAGCUGGUGUUUCUCCAUGAAAGACUUUUACAAAAAUUAUGAUCAUUCCUAUAGUAAAAUGUUGCUGUCUUUUUUUUUUAAAUAUUAAGUUAUGUUCAGGCGUAGACAUGUAUAUUAAAAUAUAAACAGUAUAACUAUUCUAAAAAAAAGUUGAAGAUAUUUAUUGUAUGACUACAAAAAUUUCCUGGAACAGUGGAAAUCCUUAAUAUACCCUGCAGCUAGGUGACUGGUAAGAAUGUUGACAAAUACUUUUCCACUUAUGCUGUGGUUUUGAAUAAAAUUUUGCUCGGUGUCGGUGAUUAAAACAUGCCUUUAUAUAUAUAUAUAUAUAUUUGUUAACAAGUAAAUUUUAAUAAUACUCUGCAUUUUCAAAAGAAACAAAAUUAUUAAAGACCAUGAAAAUAUUUGCAGCAAUGAGAAUCCUCACACCCGAGAUUUGUAUAGGGCCUUGAUAUUUGCUGGUCUUUUAACAUGACAGUUAUAUAUCAAUAAUGGAUAUUUAUGGAUUUUGCUACUCAACUCAAAUUUAACUUGAACUCGAAACAUUUCUUGAAUACUCGCUCGAACUCGACUCAACCUAAAAAGCCUAUACUCGCAUGACUCUAUUUUAAGCCAAUCCUUUACGAGCUCAGCGUCCAUCCAACCUUUCUCCUGAGCACGGACAUGAAUGCCCGGAGGAAACUUCUCUCCCUUAGGCAGAGUCUUGCGCUUAAAAAUUACAUAAGGCGGCAACUUUCGCCCGUCGGCCGUCACUGCCAGCAUUACUGUACAACGCAUUCUGUCAUUUCCUGUAGUGCGGAUAGUCACACUUGACUGCCCCCUCUCGUUGACUGUUGUGUUCUGUGGCAGGUCGAAAAAAACUGGCGUUCGAUCGGCAUUUGGAAUUUGUGAGAGGAGGUAGUCAUUUGUUUGCCGCAUCCACAGAACGAAGUGGUGGAAUUCUAACACUUUGUUUUCAAAGUCCUUCAGCAAUUUUUGGCAGAGUGAUGUUCUCCUUCGAAGAGAAAAAUUCUCACGUCGCAUGAAUCUGGUUGCCCACCCACGACUGGCUAUGAAAUUGCAGUGUGGUAUGCCCCGUGCACAUGCUAUCUCUCUCCCCUUGCACAUUAUCAUUUCUAACGAAACACUGCCGGCAUUGUUCUGUAAUUCGCGAAUGUACUGAGUCACUUGCACGUCAACUUCAGGAAACUUGCCACGUUUCGGUCCUCUAAACGCACGCCUCAUAGAAUUAGUGUUUUUCAAGUCGUCCUUUUGUUUCCUGCAGCCACGAAUAAGUUUCUCACUAACAGAAAAUGCCCGUUCCGCGGCCCGAUUCCCAUUCUCUUCUGCAAAAACAAUCACUCGCAACUUGUACGCCGCCGAAUAUUAAUUACGCUUUUCCAUAAUGCAAAUCACUUAAAAAAAAAUUACUCUGGUUAUUACUCUACUACCUUAACACAAUUGAACGAGAUAAAACAAUGGCGUCACAGCAUCUUCAGGACGCUCAAAUUCCUUCCUCCCACACGGCCAAUUAGGACAUUCCAUUCAAGGUCGGACCAAUGACAAGCGCCUAUAUGGUGAAACCUGGACCACACGCCACAUGAAAGCAGGGUGUUCCAUUUUGUUUACCGCUGUUCCAUUUAUUGUACGGUAACAACUCAUUGCUGCGAGUGCUGGUUGUUGCGAGACAUUCGUAGUUACGAGUUUUGUAAUGCACCUUCAGAGUGCCUACGUAAAUUAUACUACCUAAAUUAAACUGGUAAUUACGAGUGCUUCCUUGUUGGCCCUUCCUUAAGUACGAAAGAUUUAAAUGGCAUCUUCGAAGGGGAAAAAAACUGUUUAAAAUGUUCACGCAGUAAACACCAAAAAAAAAGGUAAACGAAGGGCGAUGUUGCACCUGGAUGGCAAACAAGUAGAAAAAGGGAAGGGGAGAAGCAAUGGUUUCCCCAGCCACUAUCUUAUCUGUGUCGGGAACUUCCUCACGCGUCAGACCAAUCGCACGUUUAAAACGAAAACCGUUGUAGAUAUAAAAAAUCAUAACAGGCCUUUUUUAUUCGUAAUUAAAUUUACUAAAACUUUUAUUCUGUGCAUUUUUUCAAUACAAAGCACUGUUUUCGAGUUAUAGUCUACAAUUAAGGCAUUUUAAGAAGUCAGUAAUCUAACUUGAAUUCAAUUUUCUAUAUUCGGUUAUUACGACUACUUGUUGUUACAACAAUUUAUCACGCCAUUAUCAGCUCUCGUAGUAGUGGAGUUUUACAGUACCCGUUAACUCUUUCGUGCACGGCGCGCCGGCCGUUCGCGUCAUUAAAUUACCGGUGUGACCUAUAUGGGGGGAAUCUUAAAUACCAAAUUCAAGACCUCAAAUUAUGGGUGAGACCUAUAUGCGAUGGCGACCUAUAUGCGAGUAAAUACUGUAUAUCACCCUCACUAGUCUUCCAGUGUUUGAAACAGAUCCCACAGAGAGACCUGCGCAAAAUAUGCGCAUCAAGAGCUGAGAAAAUUCCACCCAUUCCUGGACUCAGCCGGAGCAAAUUAUUAGACCUGCUAUACGAGGAACUCUCAGUUGCCACAUGUCAGUCAUGUGUCCUACGCACAGAUAACUCUCUCGUGUGUCAAGUUUCCAGAUGACUUGUCUAGUGUUCCAAGCUUCACUCAGAGUCCCAGCCAUGAUUACAGCAGUAGGAUCAUUGUAUUGCACUACAGCAUUAUAGCACAGAAUCAAAAAUUUCCUUACUAAGACCUAAAUUCUCGUCUUCCAAAACCACUACGGUGAUGAAGGUGGAAAUCAUUUGUUUGCUCUAGGGCACAAGUACAUACGGAUCCCUUAGGUAUAGUAACUCUUUAUUCAACAACAGCCAUUAAUCAUCAUAUGACCAGACUAUGUCCCCCACAUGAACCAAUCAAAUCUCAUUGCCAUUAGCCUAUAAGCUACAUUAUUGACAAUGCUUGUGACUUCAAAUCCUGAAACAGGAAAUGGCCACAAACCGGAAGUUGAACAAAAAGUGUUUAGUUUUAACUGAAUCACCACACAAACCUAUAAAAUACUGUUGAACAUACAUCACAACACAUAGACUCCAAAGCCUGCCAAGAUAACCGGAAGUACAGUGCAGAGAGCACGCACGCCGACACACACCUGGGGCGGUCCUCCGCUCCCUCACACGCCAGCACCAGAGCGUGCUCGGUGAGCGCGGCCAGACUGUGCUGCUCAGAGUUGCUCAGGUGCAGGGCGUGGUGAGUGGACGUGUCGUGGAACUCCACGUCUAUGACGUCCUCCGGGAACGACGAGCAGCGGACCACCCCCACGCAGUUCCACACCUGCAGACACGUCCGUGAGCACUCCCACUGCCGACAUCACUGUACUUUAACUACCAGCAGCUACUUCCCUUUGAGACAUUACAUUUAUUUAAGGAAUUUUAAUGUCUUUUGAAUUUUUUUUAACUUUAUGGAUUGUAUACUACAUUAAAUAUUAUUCUCCUAAAUGAAUUUAAAUAAAAUUGAAAAAUACACAAUUAGUGGAUUUUUAUAUUAAUCACUAUAUUUAAUAAUAUUCCAAUUAUUAAUGUGAAGCGGGCGCCUUAGUUUGAUUAGCGCGCGCCCGUUGGAUCAGCAACCCUUCCCCUCGUUCCCACUCCUUCUUCCCCUCCAGCGCCACCGCGAUCACAGCGCCAUCUGCGCCAUAUUUAUUGCUGGUGCACGAACUUGGCUUCGGCCAUUACUGCUUAGUCCUUAGUCUUAUAAGCAUGUUAGGGUGUAGCCUGCGGAGCUCGAUUAUCGCUAGCCCGAUGGCUUCGAAGUAAGGUAAUCGUUCGGUUGUUUGUAGAUGCAUGAGGUGGCCGUGCGUUCGGAUAUGGUCUACACUAAGGUAUUACUUUAUAGCGCUUUUUCUAAAUUCUGUUUCGGCCGCUACCUUUUGGGCCUCUUGGUGGCACUCCUUUUGCAUAUGUUUCUAGCUUGCUUGCUUGCUUAGGAGGAUGUUUGUCACCUUUGUACAUCUCUAAUGUUAUCUUUCCUAGCUGUUCAGUGGGGCGUACUAGUAUGCAAGCUUUAAGUGUCAGGUUCCAUCGGCGAUGCAGCCUGCAUUAUGUUUUCCCUUUUGUGACGGUUUGCAUUGCAGUUUGUCUCACGUUUGUAUCCUGUUAAGGGCGCCGUCUGGACGAUGGAAGGAAGCCACUGCAGACAUUUAUCUCUAUAUCUCUCCUUUAGAAAGUACUUGAGAUUUUCAAUUUUUGUUUGGGCAGGAAAGGAGUAAAAAGAACAUUCGACGUCGGUCUGGUGGAUUUAAGUUGUCACAUACCCACCUUAACACUUUUGCGACCCCGCCAAUAUCGCGAAAAUGGCUCUUUUCAACCUAUUUUUUUGUGCAGUAAAAACCGUCAGAAUUUAAGGAACUCACCAGUCAGACGCGCCCUGUACCUUCUUGCAUUGAUUCCUGCAUUUAAACAGGCAUGUCACCGCGGAAAAUCUUCUGAGGCACCAAUAAAGGUAAACGUAUGCACGGGCGAAACUGCUAGCCACCUCGUGGCGCCCUCUGUAGCUGUACCGGCAGCCGGCUGCUAUCUCUCCCGCCGCGGAGGCGUGGCGCCUUGACUAGGAAGGGGGGGGGAGGCCUUGACUGCUCAGGGCGAUAGUGGCCCUUCUCCUCCUCUUUCCCCUGUCGGAAUAAUAACUGAACAAGAACGUGUAAAGGAAUUACGGAGUUAUAUUCACAAUGGACCAUUUCAUGUAUUCGGGGACCAUUCAAAGUGCAGUGAACGAGAAUACUAUUGUGAUGGUUCUAGAAGCACAGAAGAGAAUAUAGUUCCAAGUAUGAAAAGUAUGGGCAUGUGGGAUGAAAUAAUGUCAGAAAAUAAUGUGGUAGUUCAUCAUGCAGAAAGUUUCUUGAAAAACAUGACAACAAAUAGAGCUGAGUCUUUUAAUAAUACAGUUGCAAAGUUUGUUAGUGGUAAGAGUCAACUUUUCUCUCUGUGGUGGAUACCUUACCAGAAGUGAACUUUCCGUUGUUUCGUGCAAUGCAGAUGGUAACGAACAAGCCGAAAUUCACAAAAAAUUCACAAAUCACAGUCCUGGUGAAUAUUCAAAAAAAUAUUUAAAAGCAAAAAAAAUUUCUACUGAAAAAAGAAGAAAA